AUGACGUUCCCGAAUCAAGCCAGCUACGCUCCAGGUCUCCAUCGAAUUGACCCCAACGGCCUCGUCAAGCCGGCGCAGUUGCGCAGGUCUUCAAGGACUGCAACGGAAAUUGCUGGCAUGAAGCAGGAACUCCAAUUGAUGCUGACGACGCUGUCACCCGAGCACGAGAGAGCGGUCCCUUUGCCGCAGGCGAUGCCGACCAAGAGUGAGAGUUUAGCCAACGUGGAACAUAGCUGCACCCGCUUACUCGAAGAUCCAAUCUUUCAAGGAGUCGAGGGCUACAGGUACACGUUAUCCGAGAACGAACCUGGUGCUGUCAGCUUAUUGCCAGCAGUUGGGGAUACAACUUCACGAGUCGAUCAAAUGACGACAUCACCACACACUCGGACCUCCCUGUAUGCAAAGGCCUCUACAGCUCGCUCUGGUGUGCCCAAGAAACGCUCCAAUCUUUCAAAAGUGUCCAAGCAAUUGAUGCACGACUGGUUCGAGCACAACUUGCACCAUCCAUACCCGACUGAACAGGAGAAGCUAUGGCUCGCUGAGCGUGGAGACAUCACGAUCGAGCAGGUGAGCAAUUGGUUCAUCAAUACUCGCGGUCGCAAGUGGAAACCGAUGCUCAAUCGACUCAUGGCUGAAAAACAGGCCGGGGACUGCAAAUUGCUUGACUUGAUGGUACGGAAGGUCGAAGAGCCGUAUCGCAAGGUUGUGUAG